AUGGCUGGGCGAAAUCGGCAACGCGUAUUUCAAGAGAGGAAGGAGCCGCUACAGUUGUACGGUUACAGGAUGAAUGCUUUUGGCAUCCGGUUUGUGUCCCGUAUGCUUCGUCCAUACCUGGAAUCACCGACAGAUCGGAACCAUGCACUCUCUGUCACAGUUAAAGUUGCCAUUGGUCUGAGAUUCCUAGCCACUGGUAAAAUGCAGUUAUGCAAUGGUGAUGACUUUGGUGUAAGUCAGCCGACGGUGUCCAGAGUAGUAACACAAUUCAUUAACGCUUUGACAAUGCCACAGAUUGUUGCCAGAUUUAUCAAAUUUCCGAGAAGCGAUGCGGAGGUACGGUUGAACCAGAUAGGAUUCCAUGCUAUUGCCGGGUUCCCUGGUAUUGUCGGAGUUAUUGAUGGGACCCAUAUCAGGAUUGUUGCUCCAUCACAGAACGAGGCGGAUUUCGUCAACAGAAAGCAGUUCCACAGUAUAAACGUUCAAAUGGUUUUUGACCACAGAUGUAAGAUAAUUGAUUAG